UGGACAAUCGAUAGUCCCUGGGCAGUGGGACAUCAGGGGCUGAGACAACCAGGCAGUUUGGCCAGCGAUCCCCAUCACACACCACUCUGUGACUGCAGCGGCCGCCACAGCUACACUAUGGCUGGUCCCACCUGCUUUCUGCUCUUCUUGUCUGCCACCCAGCUUUUUUCCCAGAGGAUGCCUUUCAGUGAGGGGGCUCCCAAGACACCUCAAAAGCUGGGGUUGGGGGUGAAAGAUCUGCAUGGCAACGAGACCCUCCAGCAGGGUGCUCACACUGGAUACCAGAUGGAGGUGCUAACCUUCCCUCAUGCCCGCUUCGGUCUCAAGAGGCAAAAGAGAGACUGGGUUGUCCCUCCCCUCUCCAUCCCAGAGAAUGAAAGAGGGCCAUUCCCAAAGAUGGUGGCUCAGGUCAAAUCUAACAAGAACAAGGAAAUCCAGGUUUUCUACAGCAUCACUGGCACAGGCGCUGAUGAACCUCCUUAUGGCGUGUUUAUCAUGGACAGAGAAACAGGAUGGCUGAAGGUGACGAAGCCCCUGGACAGAGAAAAAAAAUCCCACUAUGUUCUUUUCCUUCAUGCUGUGUCUUCAACUGGGAAUGCUGUGGAGGAUACGUUGGAGAUUGUGAUCACAGUGACAGACCAGAAUGACAACAGACCCGAAUUCACCCAGGCGGUCUUUGAGGGGUCUGUGAUGGAAAGAGCCCAUCCAGGAACAUCCGUGCUACAAAUAACCGCAACAGAUGUGGAUGACCAUGAGAACACCUACAAUGCAGCCAUUGUUUACACCAUCCUCAGCCAAGAUCCCUUGGUACCUCACUCCAACAUGUUCGCCAUCAACCGGCAAACAGGAGUCAUCUCUGUGCUCGAUCCUGGGCUGGACCAACAGAGUGCUCCUGCAUACACCCUGACAGUCCAAGCUGCUGACCUCCAAGGUGAAGGCUUAAGUUGUAGAGCAAAGGCCGUGAUCACAGUCACCCAGAGCAACCCUAACCCUCCCGUCUUCAGCCCCACUUCGUACACGGGCCACGUGUUUGAGAACAAGGUGGAUGCAGGGAUAGUGAGGCUGUACGUGAAAGAUGCUGAUGCUGCUGGCUCCCCAGCAUGGAAGGCAGUGUUCUCCAUCCUCAAUGACAGAGGUGGCCUCUUUACUAUCACCACGGACCCUGAGACCAAUGACGGCCUUUUGAAAACAGCCAAGGGCUUGGAUUUUGAGACCACGCAGCAAUACACCCUUUAUGUUACAGUGGUGAAUGAGGUGCCCUUGGCAUCUCUUUCCACAUCCACAGCCACAGUCACUGUGGACGUGGUUGACGUGAAUGAGGCUCCUGUCUUUGUACCUCCAACAAAGAUGGUGGAAAUGCCCAAGGAUGUUGGUGUGGGCCAGGAAAUCACAUCGUACAGGGCCCAGGACCCAGACAGCUUUCAGUCUCAGAAAAUCAGGUACCAGAUAUGGCACGACCCAAGCCAUCGGUUGGACAUCAACUCAGAAACAGGUGUCAUUUCCACUCGAGCCAGUCUGCAAAUGGAGGACAUGAAGACCCAAACAUUUUCAGCUGUUGUCAUAGCUACAGACAAUGGCCAGCCUCCUGCCACGGGCACCGGGACACUGCUCCUCACUUUCUCUCACAUAGACUGCCCAGGAGUAGACUCACACUGCCUUGACAUCUGCCAGAGGGGACCAGAGUCUCAGGAUGGCGGAGGCAUGGAGCAGAUCAGCAGCCCACUGACCACACAUGUGCUGGACACUGCCUCAGGGCUUCCAGCUCAGGGCCUCUGCCUCCGUCUGUCCAGGCUCGAGGACCAUGGCCAGCAGUGGACAGAGCUGAAGAAAAGCUACACCGACUCAGAUGGCCGCUGCCCAGGGCUCCUGCCUCCAGGCCCGAUGAAGGCAGGCACCUACAAGCUGUCCUUUGACACCGAGGGCUACUGGAAGAAGAAAGGGCAGGAGAGCUUCUACCCAUAUGUGGAGGUUGUUUUUACCAUCGCCAACGAGACACACAGGUUCCACGUGCCUCUGCUGCUGAGCCCAUGGUCCUACACCACGUAUCGAGGGAGCUAGUGGCUAGCCAUCGCCUCUGGCUAACUGCUGGCCUGUGAGCAUCAGUUCCAUCCCCAUGGCUCACUGAGGCACCCACGCAGAGGGCACCAGGUCACAGUCCCUGUGGGAGACUCUGGUUCCCCCAUCUCCAGUAGCAGCUGAAUCUCAGGCAUCAAUAAAGUCAGUGCUGGCAUCUGUAAA